CAGGCCGGACAACUCGGGACAGGGCUGAGGGGUCGCCAUGUCCCUUACGCUCCCAGCUGUGCUCUGGCUGGGGCUCUGUCUGGGCCAGAGGAUCAUGGCACAGAAUGAAUAUUUCCCUCAACCCACUCUCUCAGCCCAUCCUGAACGUGUGGUGGCCCUAGGGCAGACCGUGACCCUCUCUUGUUGGGCCCCAUACGGGGACAUGGAGUAUGCGUUGCGUAAGGGUGAAAACUGGGAACCCUUAGAGCGCUGGACCCGACAUCAGUCCGGAAACAUCCUCUACUUCUCCCUCUCCUCUGUGAGAGCCAGCGAUGCUGGGAACUUCAGCUGCAUUUACUACGCAGGGAUGAGUUACAGGCGAUCCUAUCCUAGCAAUUCCCUGGAGCUGGUGGUGACAGGAUUCUACGCCAAGCCCUCCUUCCAGGCCCGGCCCGGCCGCCUGUUGAGUCCUGGGAUGAACGUGACGCUCCAGUGCCAGGGGCAGGUGGGCGGCCUGACUUUCUCCCUGCUCCGGGCUCGGACGUGGGACCUCCUCCAGCGCCAGGCUCCGGCGGGGGACCGGGCCGACUUCCUGCUCCCGGCCGCGGGCGCCUGGGAACCCCACGGCUACCGCUGUGUCUGCUUCCAUCCAAUGGCUCCGAACACCUGGUCCACGCCCAGUGAUGUCCUGCACCUCGUGCUGAUAGGAUCCCACCUCAAGCCGUCCCUCUCAGCCCUGCCCAGUCCCGUGGUGGCUCCGGGCAGGACCGUCACCCUCCGGUGCCAGGGGCCACUCCAGGGGGUCCCAUUCGCCCUGCUCAAAGCCAGAACCCUGGAGCCCCUUCAGCAGCAGAAGCCAUCACGGUGGAACCAGAACUGGGUUCUCUUCAAACUCUCUACCGGGAAAGGUAACGAGACCGGAAACUACAGCUGCGCUUACUACGUGACUUCCUCGGAGCUCUCACAGAUCAGCGAGGCCCUGGAGAUCUGGGUGAUGGAGUCUCUCCCCAAACCGACCCUGACGGCCUGGCCGGGCCCCGAGUUGGCCUUGGAGGGGAACGUGACCCUGAGGUGCUGGGGGCCGCUGCGGGCCGUCGGCUUGGCCCUGUUCCGGGAGGGAGAAGCCGGACCCCUGCAGAUCCAGUAUCCCGGCCCGGAUGGGGUCCAAUUCCCCAUCGCCAAAGUGACCGCCGCCCACGCCGGACGUUACAGCUGCCGCUACCACAUGGACUCCGACGGCCUCAUCCCGGCCGAGCCCAGCGACUGGCUGCAACUGGUGGUGGCAGACCCAGGGAACAGGAACCUCCUCUUCACAGCCCUGAGCAGUGCCUUCUUCCUCCUCCUAGCCUUCCUCCUCCUCCUCACAGCCUUCCUCUGCUACCGACAUAAACAGUCCAGAGCCAAUAGUCUCUCCCUUCCGGCAGCAGGGGCAGCCCAGGCAGAGGACCUGAGGAGCUGUCUCUGCCUCAGCUCUCGACGCUCCAGGGAUGCCAGGAAACCCAUGGAGGAGACCGGGAUAUCCACUGUGGGUGCCCAGGAAAGGCAGGAAAGGCCGACCUCAGACCCGCCGGAUCCCGAGGCUGAAGACCCCCAGGAUGUGACCUACGCCCAGCUGAACCCACACACCCUCAGGACAAGGGCGGCGGGCACCCCGGCCCCUCCUCCCGAGCCCAGCCUAUAUGCCGUCAUUGCUGGGCAGUGAGGGGUUGCCAGCACACUCAGAACUCAGGGGGAGGGUCCCAGCUUUGGGGAGCAUGUGGAACCUCUUUGAGGGGACUGGUGGUCAAGAGAAAAGCCAGAUGCUGGGGGACAAGUACCCUAGGUUCGGUGGGGAGAGCAGCCCACCGGGGAAGAUGGUUGCCCGCUCAAGGAUUCGGUCCUGGGCCUCACCUACUCUAAUAAAGUCACUCGCCCCUCUCCCCGUGGGCCGUGCCUGCCUUCCCAGCUCCCCCUCAUCCCCCAUCA